GGAAUCACUAGGGAAAUGUUGGAGAAAGCCAAAACACAUGCUCACUUCAGAUUAAUAAUAUUGGAUAGGAAAAUUUACGUUGAACGAUAUCCUAAGAAAUCUAUUGAAACUAGGCAUUUAUUCACCAUGUAUGGGAUUGUACAACUCCUAAGGUGGUACCCUGGAAAAUUGCCUAAUUUGGAGAUCAUGUUUAAUACAGAUGACCGGCCGGUCAUCGCCGCUAAGGACUUCCAGCAGCCUAACUCUGGCCCACCCCCGUUGUUCCGGUAUUGUUCGGAUUGGGAAAGUCUGGAUAUUGUUUUCCCAGAUUGGUCAUAUUGGGGCUGGGGAGAGACAAAUAUAAGACCUUGGAGAAGUAUGAUGAAGAAGAUAAAAGAAGGGAACAAGAGAAGCAGUUGGAAGGAGAGGAUACCCUUUGCUUAUUGGAGGGGAAAUCCUAAUGUUUCUCCAGUCAGGAAAGACCUUAUGAAGUGUAAUGUCACUCAUAAUCAGAAUUGGGAUACUCUCUUAUAUAUCCAGGACUGGACUGAUCAGUCCAAAAAGGGUUACAAGGAAUCAAAUAUUGAAGACCAAUGCACCCACAGAUUUAAGAUAUAUGUAGAAGGGUGGGCAUGGUCAGUGAGCGAGAAGUACAUAUUUGCCUGCGAUUCUCCAACAUUGUACAUAACGCCUCAGUACUAUGAUUUCUUCAUGAGAGGGAUGAUUCCACAGCAGCAUUACUGGCCUAUUAGAGACACUGAUAAGUGUAGAUCUCUCAAAUUUGCUGUUCAAUGGGGAAACAAUCACACCGACAUGGCACAGGCCAUUGGGAAAGCAGGAAGUGAUUUUAUUCAUGAAGACAUGAAGAUGGAACAUGUAUUUGAUUAUAUGUACCAUCUGCUGAAUGAAUACGCGAAGUUGCAGAAGUUUAAUCCAGUUGUUCCUCCAAAUGCAAUUGAAAUAUGUUCAGAAUCAUUGGCAUGUCUUUCAAAUGGUAUUUGGAGGAAGUUUAUGGAAGAAGCCUUAGAGAAGUCUCCAAGUAAUACUGAACCAUGCACACUUCCACCACCUUAUAACCCUCAACAACUUAAGGCCUUUGUUGAAAAAAAGGCUAAUGCCACAAAGCAAGUGGAGGAAAUGGAGGAUGAGUACUGGUCCAGUCUAAACAAGAGCACUAGCUUGGCCUUUUCUUAAAUUUCCUUAUUGCUAAUUGUAUUCUCAUGUACAAUAUACCUUAGUGCAUGCUCUUCACAUACAACUUCAACCACAAAGUGUUUAGACAAAAACUUUGAUUUUUGAUAGCCGAGAGCUGUUAGUCUAUAGAAUGUUUG